AUGGUCGUUUGGUAUAUGCUGUUACUGACUCCAGAAGCACCAGUUCACGGCAGACCCGUUAUCUUAAUUUCAAACGAUGUCACUUUAAAGGCUGGCUCUUUUGGACCUGCGGAAGAUUUGACGUUUGUUCGGGCCAGCCAGUUGGCUCGCAGGCUAGGCAUCCCUUGGAUCUAUCUCUCUUCUAACACUGGUGCACGAAUCCGUCUGGCUGACGAACUCAAAACCGCCUUCAGAGUAGCCUGGAAUCGUGGGGAUAAACCGGAAAAAGUGAGCAAUAUUUGUAUUGAAUGGGAUCUUGGCUAA